AUGGGAUCCCCGUGGAGCUGGUGGGCCCUCUGGGCUGGAGCAACCCUCCUGUGGGCUUGGCUCACCCCGGGAGAGGCUUCCUGCCAAGGCAUUCAGUGCACAUCUGGCCAGCGCUGCCAGAUGGUGAGUGGGAAGGCCAGGUGUGUGGCAGAGUCCACGGCUGUCUGCCACGCCCAUGGCGACCCCCACUACACCACCUUCGAUGGCCGCCGCUAUGACAUGAUGGGCACCUGCACCUACACCAUGAUUGAGCUGUGCGGGCAGGAUGAGACCCUGCCAGCCUUCAUUGUCGACGCUAAGAAUGAGCAUCGGGGUAGCCGACAAGUCUCCUAUGUGGGCUUGGUCACAGUCCAGGCCUACAGCCACUCUGUGUCGCUGGCUCGUGGGGAAACUGGUUUCAUCCGGAUUGACAAUCAGCGCUCCCGCCUGCCCGCCUCCCUGAGUGACGGCCGCCUGCGUGUAUACCAAAGUGGAACACGGGGUGUGAUAGAGCUGGACUUUGGGCUGGUGGUCACCUAUGACUGGGACAGCCAGCUGACGAUGAGCCUGCCCAAGCGCUUCCAAAACGAAGUGUGUGGGCUGUGCGGUAACUAUAACGGAGACCCCGCCGACGACUUCCUCACGCCCGGCUGGGAACAGGCUCCGGAUGCCUUGGAAUUUGCAAACAGCUGGAAGCUGGAUGACGGGGACAGCCUGUGUGAUGACGGCUGCCAUGGCACUUGUCCCUCCUGCACCCCAGGCCAGACCCUGCACUAUCAGGGAGACCGGCUCUGUGGCAUGCUAACUCUGUCCACAGGCCCCUUCUCUGCCUGCCACGAGCUCCUGGACCCCAAGCCUUUCCUAGACGAGUGUGUGUUUGACCUGUGUGUGACUGGAGGGGAGCGGCUCAGCCUGUGCCGGGGCCUUAGUGCCUACGCCCAGGCCUGUGUGGACCUGGGUGUCUCUAUCGGGAACUGGAGGUCACCAGCCAACUGCCCCCUGUCCUGUCCAGCCAACAGCUGCUAUGAUCCUUGCAGCCCUGCCUGCCCAGCUUCCUGCAACUCGGAAGCCACACCUACCAACUGCUCUGGGCGCCCUUGCGUGGAGGGUUGCGUGUGCCUUCCGGGCUUCGUGGCUAGCGGUGGCAACUGUGUGCCUGCCUCGUCCUGCGGCUGCACCUACCAGGGCCGACCGCUGGCUCCCGGUGAGGAAGUGUUCGCUGACGACCUAUGCAGGCGCCGCUGCACGUGUGAUGGAGCCACUCAGAAGGUGACCUGCAAGGACACAUCGGGAUGUCCUUCUGGCGAGCGCUGCCAAGUGCAGAAUGGCCUCCUGGGGUGCUACCCAGACAACUUCGCCAGCUGUGAGGCGUCAGGAGACCCGCACUACGUGAGCUUUGACGGAAGGCGCUUUGACUUUAUGGGGACCUGCGCGUACCUGCUGGUGGGCUCCUGCGGCCAGGAUGCCGCGCUGCCCGCCUUUAGGGUGCUGGUGGAAAACGAACACCGAGGCAGCCAGACCGUGAGCUACACGAGGGCUGUGCGGGUUGAAGCCCGUGGCGUAGAGGUGGCGGUGCGGAGGGAGCACCCCGGAAGAGUGCUGGUGGACGGCAUCUUUCAGUACCUGCCUUUCCAGGCUGCGGGUGGGCGGGUUCUGGUGUUCCGCCAGGGUAAUGACGCUGUCGUGCGCACAGACUUUGGCCUCACCGUCACCUAUAACUGGGAUGCUCGUGUGACCGCCAAGGUGCCCAGCAGCUAUGCUGAUGCUGUGUGUGGGCUCUGCGGGAACUUCAAUGGGAACCCGACUGACGACCUGGCUCUGAAGGGUGGAGGCCAAGCUACCAGCGCAUUGGAUUUUGGGAACAGCUGGCAGGAAGAGAUAAUACCUGGCUGUGGAGCAACUGAUCCUGGUGACUGCCCCCAGCUGGACUCCCUUGUGACCCAGCAAGUGCAAAGCAAGAAGGAAUGUGGGAUCCUUGCUGAUCCUGAGGGUCCGUUCCGGGAGUGUCACAAGUUGGUGAACCCCCAGGGUGCUGUACGUGACUGCGUCUAUGACCUCUGCCUGCUGCCCGGUCAGUCUGAGCCACUGUGUGAUGCGUUGGCUGCAUACGCCGCCACGUGCCAGGCUGCUGGGGGCACUGUGCAUCCCUGGAGGAAUGAGACGCUUUGCCCGCUGACCUGCCCCCCUAACAGCCACUAUGAGCCAUGUUCCUAUGGAUGCCCACUGUCCUGUGGAGACCUGCCAGUGCCCGGGGGCUGUGGCUCAGAGUGUCGAGAAAGCUGUGUUUGCGAUGACGGCUUUGCCCUCAGUGGUGAGACCUGUGUGCCUCUGGCCUCCUGCGGCUGCGUCCACCAGGGCACCUACUACCCACCAGGAGAAACCUUCUAUCCUGGACCCGGGUGUGACUCUCUUUGCCGCUGCCAGGAAGACGGCCUGGUUUCCUGCGAGCCCUCAUCCUGUGGCCCACAUGAGGCCUGCCAACCAUCUAAUGGAGCCCUGGGCUGUGUGGCUGUGGGCACUACCACCUGCCAAGCAUCAGGGGACCCUCAUUACGUCACCUUUGACGGCCAGCGCUUUGACUUCAUGGGCACCUGUGUGUACGUGCUAGCACAAACCUGUGGAACCAGGCCCGGCCUACACCAGUUCACCGUCCUGCAGGAGAAUGUGGCCUGGGGUAACGGGAAAGUCAGUGUGACCAAGGUGAUCACGGUCCUGGUAGGCAACUACACUCUGAGAUUGGAGCAGAACCAGUGGAAAGUCAAGGUGAACGGCGUGGACAUGAAGCUGCCAGUGGUGCUGGAUGGGGGCAAGAUCCGGGUCUCGCAACACGGGUCUGACGCUGUGAUCGAGACCGACUUCGGCCUGCGCGUGGCCUAUGACCUCGUGUACUAUGUGCGGGUCACCAUCCCGGGCAACUACUACCAACAGAUGUGUGGGCUGUGCGGAGACUACAAUGGGGACCCCAAGGAUGACUUCCGGAAGCCCGAUGGCUCGCAGGCGGCCAACCCCAGCGACUUUGGGAACUCCUGGGAGGAAGUCGUGCCCGACUCGCCCUGCGCUCCAGUGCCUCCCUGCACGGGAGACGGCUGUGACCCCACUGAGUGCAGCCCUGAGCUGAAGGACAAGUAUCAGGGCCAGCAGUUCUGCGGGAUGCUCACCAAGCCCACGGGGCCCCUGGCUGCCUGCCACAAGCUGUUGGACCCCCAGGGUCCCUUGCAAGACUGUGUCUUUGACCUCUGCGUGGGCGGCGGGAACCUGAGUAUUCUCUGCGACAACAUCCAUGCCUACGUGAGCGCCUGCCAGGCAGCUGGCGGGCAAGUGGAGCCCUGGAGGACAGAAACGUUCUGUCCAAUGGAGUGCCCCCCUCACAGCCACUAUGAGGUCUGUGCAGACACCUGCUCCCUGGGCUGCUGGGCUCUCAGCACACCCCAGAAGUGCCCAGAAGGGUGCGCCGAGGGCUGCGAGUGUGAUCCUGGCUUCCUGUACAAUGGCAAAGCCUGCGUGCCCAUCCAGGAGUGUGGCUGCUACCACAAUGGGGUCUACUAUGAGCCAGAGGAGUCAGUUCUCAUUGACAAUUGCCAGCAGCAUUGUGUGUGCCAUUUAGGCAAAGGCAUGGUGUGCGAGGAUCACAGCUGCAAGCCUGGACAGCUGUGCGAGCCCUCAGGAGGCGUCCUGACCUGCGUCACCAAAGAUCCGUGCCACGGUAUCACCUGCCGGCCACAGGAGACCUGCCAAGUUCAAGGUGGUCAGGGCGUGUGUGUGCCCAACUAUAAUUCCACAUGUUGGCUGUGGGGUGACCCUCACUACCAGUCCUUCGAUGGCUGGGCCUUUGACUUCCAGGGUACCUGCAACUACCUGCUGGCAGGAACUGUCUGUCCCGGGGUCAGUGCUGAGGGCCUGACGCCCUUCACCGUCACAACCAAGAAUGAGAACCGCGGCAACCCCGCCGUGUCCUAUGUGAGACAGGUCACCGUGACCGCCCUCAACAGCAACAUUUCCAUCCACAAGAAUGAGAAUGGCAAAGUCCGGGUGAAUGGAGUUCUGACGGCCUUGCCUGUCUACUUGGCUGGUGGGCGGAUUUCAGUGGUUCACGGAGGCUCGAAGGCUGUGCUGGUGACUGACUUCGGCCUUCAGGUCACCUAUGACUGGAACUGGAGGGUAGAGGUCACACUGCCCAGCAGCUACCAUGGUGCAGUGUGUGGGCUCUGUGGAAACAUGGACAAGAACCCCCAAAAUGACCAAGUCUUCCCUAACGGCACAGUGGCACCCUCGAUACCCACCUGGGGCGGCAGCUGGCAAGUUCCAGGGUGGGACCCUCUUUGCUGGAACGAAUGUCACGGGUCCUGUCCAAUGUGCCCAGAGGACAAAGUGGAGGAGUAUGAGGGUCCUGGCUUCUGUGGACCUCUGGCUCCUGGCACAGGGGGCCCCUUCGCCAGCUGCCAUGCCCACGUGCCUCCUGAAAGCUUCUUCAAGGGCUGCGUGCUGGACGUCUGCCUGGGUGGUGGCAUCAAAGACAUCCUAUGCCAAGCACUGGCUGCAUACGCUGCUGCAUGCCAGGCUGCUGGUAUCAAAAUCGAGGACUGGAGGACUCAGGCUGGCUGUGAGAUCUCCUGCCCUGACAACAGCCACUAUGAGCUCUGUGGCCCACCCUGCCCAGCCAGCUGCCCACCCCCAGCACGCCACACAACCCCACCUGUGUGUGACGGGCCCUGUGUGGAGGGAUGCCAGUGUGACCAGGGCUUCGUCUUGAGCGCCGAGCAGUGUGUUCCCUUGGACAGCGGCUGUGGCUGCUGGGUCAAUGGCACAUACCACGAAGCAGGCACUGAGUUUUGGACUGAUGCCACCUGCUCUGAGAGGUGUCGCUGUGGACCUGGAGGUGACUCCUUAGUCUGUGAAUCGGCCAGCUGUGGGCUGGGUGAGGAGUGUGCCUUGUUGCCCUCUGGCCAGCUAGGCUGCCAACCUACAAGCACAGCUGAGUGCCAAGCCUGGGGUGAUCCCCAUUAUGUCACCCUCGAUGGUCACCGGUUUGACUUCCAAGGCACCUGCGAGUACCUCCUGAGCGCACCCUGCCAUGCACCACCCUCGGGGACCGAAUACUUCAAUGUCACUGUGGUUAAUGAGCACAGGGGCAGCCAGGCUGUCAGCUACACCCGCAGUGUGACUCUGCAUAUCUAUGGCCUCAGACUGACCCUCAGUGCCCAGUGGCCACGGAAGCUACAGGUGAACGGGGAGUUCGUUGCUCUGCCUUUCCACGUGGACCAGCAGCUGAGCGUUUACUUAAGUGGAGCAGAUACUGUGGUGAACACUGCCUCAGGGAUCUCCUUGGCUUUUGAUGGAAACAGUUUCCUGCGCCUGCACGUGCCUGCAGCCUAUGCAGGCGCCCUCUGUGGCCUGUGCGGAAACUACAACAAAGAUCCCAGCGACGACCUCACAGCAGUGGGUGGCAAACCUGAGGGCUGGCAGGUGGGAGGAACACCAGGCUGUGAUCAGUGCCAGCCUGGGCCCUGCCCACAGCCCUGCACACCUGAGCAACAGGAGCCCUUCCGUGGCCCCGACGCCUGCGGCAUAAUCUCGGACCCCAAAGGCCCGCUAGCACCCUGCCACAGCCUUGUGCCACCCACACAGUACUUUGAGGCUUGCUUGCUGGAUGCCUGUCAGGUUCAGGGCCAUCCAGGAGGCCUCUGUCCUGCUGUGGCCACCUAUGUGGCAGCUUGUCAGGCUGCCGGGGCCCAACUUGAAGAGUGGAGGAAGCCAGACUUCUGUCCGUUUCAGUGCCCUGCCAACAGUCACUACCAGCUCUGUGGUGACUCCUGCCCUGUGAGCUGCCCGACCCUCUCAGCCCCCGAGGGCUGUGAAUCCACCUGCCGUGAGGGCUGUGUCUGUGAUGCUGGCUUCGUGCUGAGUGGUGACACCUGUGUGCCCGUGGGCCAGUGCGGCUGCCUCUACGAAGGACGCUACCACCUGCUAGGUGCCACCUUCUACCCAGGCCCCGAGUGUGAGCGGCUCUGUGAGUGCGGGCCAGGCGGUGAGGUCAGCUGCCAGGAAGGUGCAGACUGUGAGCCCUAUGAAGAGUGCCGGGUGGAGAACGGAAUUCAAGCUUGCCAUCCGUCCGGUUGUGGCCACUGCCUGGCCAACGGCGGCGUCCAUUAUGUCACCCUUGAUGGACGGGUGUAUGACCUUCAUGGCUCCUGCUCAUAUGUCUUGGCCAGUGUCUGUCACCCAAAACCUGGUGAUGAGGACUUUUCCAUUGUCCUUGAGAAGAACUCGGCUGGAGACCCCCAGCGAGUGGUGGUGACUGUGGCAGGCCAGGUUGUGGGCCUGGCUCAAGGACCACAGGUGACCGUGGAUGGUGAAGCCGUGGCCCUGCCUGUGGCUGUAGGCCACGUGAGUGUGACUGCUGAAGGCCGAAACAUGAUCCUGCAGACAGACAAGGGGAUGAAGGUUCUCUUUGACGGUGACCACCACGUCCUCAUGUCCAUCCCUAGUCCCUUCCGGGGGCGUCUCUGUGGCCUCUGUGGGAACUUCAACGGAAACUGGAGCGAUGACUUUGUGCUGCCCAGUGGAGCGGCAGCCCCCAGCGUGGAGGCCUUCGGAGCUGCCUGGCGAGCUCCCGGCUCCUCCCUGGGCUGUGGUGAAGGCUGUGGGCCCCAGGGCUGCCCUGUGUGCUUGGCAGAGGAGACACAGAAAUAUGAGAGGAAUGAAGCCUGCGGGAUGAUCCGGAACCCCCAAGGCCCCUUUGCAGCCUGCCACAAGGUCCUGAGUCCCUUGGAAUACUUCCGUCAAUGCGUGUAUGACAUGUGUGCCCACAAGGGCGAUAAAGCCUAUCUCUGCCGGAGCCUGGCAGCCUAUACUGCAGCCUGUCAGGCAGCUGGUGCCACAGUGAAGCCCUGGAGAACAGACAGCUUCUGCCCUCUCCAGUGUCCUGCCCACAGCCACUACUCUGUCUGCACACGCUCCUGCCAGGGCUCCUGUGCUGCGCUCUCUGGCCUCACUGGCUGCACCACUCGAUGCUUUGAAGGAUGUGAGUGUGACGAUCACUUCCUGCUCUCCCAGGGUGUGUGCAUUCCCACACAUGACUGCGGCUGCUCCCACAAUGGUCAAUAUAUGCCGGUGAACUCCUCGCUGAUGGCCUCAGACUGCAGCGAGCGCUGCUCUUGCUCCCCAAGCACUGGCCUGACAUGCCAUGCAGCUGGCUGCCCAUCUGGCCAGGUCUGUGAGAUCCAAGCAGGAGUCCGGGACUGCCAUGCUGCCCGUGGUCUCUGCUCCCUGUCUGUGGGUGCCAACCUCACUACUUUUGAUGGAGCUCACAAUACCAUCAGCUCCUCUGGUGUCUACGAGCUUUCUUCUCGAUGCCCUGGAUUCCAGAAGAGCGUGCCCUGGUACCGUGUGGUUGCUGAUGUCGAGCCUUGUCAUGGCAACGAAAAGAUCAUGGGCGAGGUCCACAUCUUCUUCCAGGAUGGGAUGAUGACUGUGAUCCCAAGCAAGGGCGUGUGGGUGAACGGUCUCCGCGUGGACCUCCCAGCUAACGUGUUAACAUCUGUGUCUGUGAGGAGGCUGCCCGAUGGUUCCAUGCUUGUCCACCAGAAGGCUGGCGUCCAGGUGUGGCUUGGAAAAGAUGGGCACCUGGAUGUGAUGGUCAGUGACAGCCAUGCAGCCAUGCUGUGUGGAGCCUGUGGAAACUUUGAUGGGGACCAGGCUAAUGAUGUGCAGACAUCCAUGGAGAACUGGAGGGCGCAGGACUUCUCCCCAUGGUGAGGACGGAGGGCAGAAGCC